GCCGCUGGUCGAUGGUGUUGUACCGUCCGUAACCGUCUUCGCGAUGCUUUCGCAGAUGUGUGUUUCUGCACAUGGCUGUGUCGCGGGACGUUCCCGUAUAUCGCUCCACAAUUUGUCACAAUUUUUCACCGACACAUUAGUUGAAGACAUACAUCCGCCAUGACUACUUCUUCCGAAGAUGUUUUGAUGCAAGUGGGCCAAGUUCGUUAUAAAAAGGGCGAUGGCACUUUGUAUGUAAUGAAUGAGAGGAUAGCAUGGAUGUUGGAUAACAGGGACACUGUUUCCGUUAGUCACAAAUAUGCUGAUAUUAAACUACAAAAAAUAUCGCCGGAGGGUAAAGCAAAAAUUCAACUACAAGUUGUACUCCACGAUGGAUCCUCGUCUACAUUUCACUUUGUAAAUAGAAAUGGGCAGGAGGCGCAGAUCAAGGAUCGGGAUGAUGUCAAAGAAUUGUUACAACAACUUUUACCCAAGUUUAAAAGAAAGGUCAACAAGGAAUUAGAAGAAAAAAAUAGAAUGUUGCAAGAAAAUCCAACCUUGCUACAGCUCUAUCGUGAUCUCGUAAUCACACAAGUUAUUUCCUCUGAGGAAUUCUGGGCUCAACACGCAGCUGAGUACACUCAAGCAAAGAAAGGUCAGCGACAGGAUAUUGGAGUCAAUGGUGCUUUUUUGGCUGACAUCAAGCCGCAAACAGACGGAUGUAAUGGUUUGAAAUACAAUUUAACGGUAGACAUAAUCGAAUGUAUAUUUAAAACAUAUCCUGCGGUGAAAAAAAAGCAUGUAGAAAAUGUCCCGCAAAAAAUGUCGGAGUCUGAUUUUUGGACAAAGUUCUUUCAAUCGCAUUAUUUCCAUCGAGAUCGUAUAAACGCAGGGACCAAAGAUCUUUUCACCGAAUGUGCCAAAAUAGAUGAUCAAGAGUUGAAAAAAGAUAUUCAAUCGGGGAUCAGUGACCCAUUGGUUGAUAUUUCUUCAUUUGAAGACAAAUCUAUUGAUGAAAAUUAUGGCACUGGGUCAGGAAAAGCUGAUAAAGCCUCUGGCAACAUUGUACACCAAAGCAUGAUUAAGAGGUUUAAUCAGCAUAGUAUAAUGGUGCUGAAAGCAAGCACCGCGAAUACUUCGCAAGAUACGAGUCAACUUCAUUUAAAUGGAACAACAACUUUGUCAACAACUAAAUCGGAAGCUACCAACCAGAUCGAAGAUCGUGCCAAAGCCAAAAAACGUAGGAUACAAGAGAAAUUAGUAUACGAUGAUCUUGAUGCCAGCUGUGAUCUAAACGCAAAGACCACAGCUCCCCUCAACCUGUCUCACAUUGACAGAUAUUUACAUGGACCAGUACCGGGUAGCGGAAGUGCAGAAGCCACCAACGAAGAGCUUCAAGUCACCUUAACGCAACUCAGAAGAGAAGCGAGCAAUUGGGUGAAUGGGAACCAUGUACCGAGACAUGCAACAACCUCUUUAGUUAGUCCAGCAGCUGCAGUAUCUGCUUUGGGAGAACUUACGCCUGGUGGUGCUCUUAUGAAAGGUUUUCGAGAGGAUAGUUUAGGACAAUUAAUUCCGAAAGAUUUGGAAAAAGAAUUACGUAAUAUGUACAUGUGUACGUGCGAAUUAUUAAGGCAUUUUUGGAAGAGUUUUCCACCGAACACUCCCCAGCUCGAGGAGAAGGCUGUUCGUAUGCAUGAGGCUCUUCACAGAUUUCAUUCUGCGAGGCUGAAGCCAUUUGAGGAUCGUGUUCAAAGGGAGUUUUCGGCAGUCAGUCAACACUUGACUAGUCACCUGAACCAGCUCUUGAACACUGCCUAUAGAAAAUUCGGAGUUUGGCAACAAAGAAAAUUACAAAUGAGGUAGCCGUCGGUACGGUUAUUUUAAAGUUAUAAGAAUUUCUUUUCUAAUUUCGGAAGUUUAUAAAGAAAGACAGAAAAGCAAUAUCAAUCGUACGAAUAUUGCAUUUUAUAUGUUACCGUAACUAGGUAUCUAUGUGGGUGUAUUUUGUCAAAGCCAAAGUCGUGUUAGGAAAUGCACCUUGUAAGCCUAUUUAUUAUUUAAUAUUUGUAAUUUUUAUUCAAUACUUUGCUCGAAGUAAUACGUUGCUUUCAUAAUAUUUCGAGGUAUAGAGAUCAGAUAUUUAAUACUUUUGUAAUAAGCUUUUUCGUAGAUUAUUUAUUUCAACAAAUUAGACAUUUGUAGAAACCCGUUAUAAUUUACGUGUCAACAAUCUACCUUAUAUAUAAUACAGUACGCAAACUUCUUUGAGUUGUAGGUGAACACGAUAUUCACCUGGAACAGGUUUCCGUUCCUCUCCGAAAUGCGUAAUGUACUGUUCUCAUCCAAUUUAGAAGACGUCGUGAUAUAUAACUGCCACAAUUUAUUGUUUCGGACCAUAGUAUUAGACCAUUCAUUUCAAUUCUGAUUUCCGGUCACAUGAAAACUGAUGAACUGCUGGAUGCUGAUCCAAUAUAGGUACCAUGCUAUAAUUAAAUAUAUCUAUUUGUUUUUACACUUUGAAAGUUAAGGGAAUAAUGGAAUAAAAUGAACGAUAAAUCAAUUAAAAAUAGCCCAGGUUAGGGUUAACGGCUAGGCGGCAUCAGUACACUUCCUACAACGACUGCGAUAUACUCAACUAAGUGUCUUAAUUGUUGAAUCCUAUUUUCUACUCAUAUCACGUACAAGUGUACGACUCAAUAUUACAUUAUAGCAGAAGUAAAAAAAAAAAAACGGAAAACAAGAAUAAAUAACCCUGCAACAAUUCUAGUAAUUAGCAAUAACCAAUCACGUCAUUAAUACUAUUAUGGAUUAUCAAUCGAGUGAAUGACAAUUGAAUCAACAUUGAAAUAUCAUGAUCACAAGUUAUCACAUAAUACUAUAAAUAUAUAUUCUUACAUUAUUAUUAUUGUAAUAUUAUAGCAAUGAAUGUUGUUUAUUCUUAGCUGUGUAACAAAAAUUUGUUGUUUCAAGGAUAGAAUUUUGUAAUUUUCAGUGAAAAUAUUUCAAAUAAUUUACCAACGCUGGUUUGUUUCUUCUUUUUAUUUCACGUAUGGAGUGUUUCGGAAGAAAUAAUAACAGAUGUGUGCCUGUAAAAUUUUCACAAGACUUUAAAAGUAGGAGAAAUGUUUGAAAUAGUUAAAUUCUUAGGGUAUAGUGUUUGUAAAUAUAGAUCUAAGAUCUAUGUUCGAGACGUUGUACCAUUGUUCACGUAAUCUUUCAAGUUUAAUCUUAACAUAAUUUGAUUAUCUAGUUAAUAAAAGUUGGUAAAAAAAUUUUUCACGUUAUUUCCGUGGAAUCGAACUUAUUUUAAUUCUAGGGCCAUUGUCAAAAAGAUAUACGUACACAUGAGUUGGUUGAGAAGUGUGAGAGGUUUGUAAAAAAAAAACUCAGCAAAUGACUGAAAAUCAUCACUGUCUACGUAUAUAGG